AUGGCGAGUAGUUAUACUCUGGUGUCAAAGACAAGCGACUCUUCCAACGAUAAUAUGGAGAUCAACGACAACGAUGAUUUUGACAAGAAAAAGAGACAUUCCCGCGUUUCGCUUUGCUCGGAUAAUUUCAGAAUCGUCAAUGGAAAAAUUCCAGUCACACUCGUCGCCAUCCAAACAAUCUCGCUCAUGAUUUUAGUGGCGGCAGUUGCUUUAUCAGGCACUACCACUUUUGCCUUUUGGAAUGACGACAUCGCGUGGAAGCUUGAAAUCCGCGAUGAGCCGAGCUACAUUUUCUUCGCUAGAACUUUCCUUCUAUUUUCCUUCGUCACUGGUUUAUUUGGCACGUUUCUGUCGAUUCUGGGAACUGGAAUGGUUUGCUGCAAGGACCAGAUCAACCUCAUCUUAUCCAAGGAGAAAUAUUUUGAAAUCGAUGAGCAAGUCCGGACCACCUUCCGAAAUGGAAUCUGCUUAUUUGUGUGUUGGGGAGUGAUGGCCCUGUAUGCUAUCGGAACCUCGCUGUAUAUCUUCUCCGCGUUCUUGGUUUGCUCACCGAAUUUAAAGCCGAAGAAAAUGAGAUACACAUCCGUUCAAACGAUCCAGGAAGAAAAAAUGAUCACGAAAAUCCACUCCCGAAUGAACCUCGUCGACCAAGGAUCGAGCAACAAUCUGGAGCUUCGUCAGCAAAUGGUACAAGAACAAGAUCAACAUCAAUGUCUUCUUCCCGGCGAGCGACAUGGAGCGCGUGAGAUUACGCCCGGUCCACCUCAGCAACAGCAGAGGAACAAGAUGCCACGUGCGUACUCGCCGGUGUACCCAGAAUAUGUAGAAGAAAUAAAAUCGACACAGGACAAUACGCCGGCAAAGAUCCCUAAUCCUCCAUCUAUAAACCGCGCCAAUUUCGACACUUCUUCGAUUCCCUCAAGAUCUCAGACAUUUCCAAUGCAAAAUGAAGGCCGAGACCUAAGCAAUCAAAUCGACCAGAUAAUAUCCGCAGACAAAUACGCCUUUGACCAGAACUACGGGAGUUUGUACGAGUACGACCGCGAAAUGGAACGCGAACUACCGUCCAAAGCUGCUUCGGUUCACUCAGUCACGCUCGCUGCGACGAGGGAAAAUCGACAACUGAUGAGCAGCGUGUCUCAGAUGUCUAGCGCUGCUGGAGACGAGGAGGAGGAGGAUGAAGUUGAAGAAGCCGAGGUGCCUUUCAUGGACGAUCUGAAAGCUUUGGAACGCUCCAAACUCCGCUACUCGCCCAAUCCAACUGUCGACGCCCCUUCCAACUUUUAA